CUCUCUGUGCUGCAGGCCGGCUCUCUGGGGGUGAACAGCUGUAACGUGGACGGCUUCUCUCCUCUUCACGUCGCUGCGUUGCACGGACACGCGCCGCUGCUCGCUCUGCUGAUCCGACACGGAGCCAACGUCAACGCCAGAAACAACCACAGCGCCACGCCGCUGCACCUGGCCGCCCAGAACAGCCACGUCCAGGUGAUGAGGUUCCUGUUGGAGUGCAACGCCAAACUGAACAAGAAGGAUCACUAUGGAAACACGCCGCUCAUCCAGGCCUGUCUGUGUGGGAACCUGGAGACCGCCAGCACCUUGUUACAGAGCAAUGCGUUGGUGAACGUGGUGAACCAGCAGGGGAACACGGCGCUGCACGAGGCGGUGCGAGGGGGGCAGCAGGCGCUGGUGGAGCUGCUGCUGAGGGGGGGGGCGGCGCCGGGCCUCAGGAACAAGAGGCAGAGGACAGCGCUGGAAUGCGCCUACGAGCUGGGAGGCAAGAACACGGAGAUCCUGAGAGCUCUGCAGCAAGCGUCCGGACUUUCUCCCGACGCUGAGCCAAUCAAACUCCUCUCUGUGCCCAAAGGCGCUCUGGCUCAUUCCUUCGUGCAGCGUCUGCGGCUUCAUGAUCAAGCAAACGGCCGGAGACAGAAACUAGCUCAGUCCAUCAGCAGGAUGAAUCAGAUGAAGAAAGGAUCGUCCAGGUGUUCACCGAACCUCAACCAGGAGAGUCCGGAGAGGAGGAGGCUGAGGAGGGGGGAGACCCUGGAGGUCAGCAGCCCCUCAGCGAGCCUCGAUGGUGGGGCUCGGAUCAGGGAGAGGCCCCUGGGUCGCUGGCACACCCUGGACUCAGGAGAACACACAGAGGAACACACAAACACUCUGAACGCUCCAGAACACACUCAGAACGCUCCUGAACACACUCAGAACGCUCCAGAACACACUCUGAACGCACCUGAACACGCUCAGAACGCACCUGAACUUGCUCAGAACGCACCUGAACACACUCAGAACGCACCUGAACUUGCUCAGAACGCACCUGAACACGCUCAGAACGCACCUGAACUCACUCAGAACGCACCAGAACACACUCAGAACGCACCUGAACACAAUCAGACUCCAGAACACACUCAGAACGCUCCAGAACACACUCUGAACGCUCCUGAACACACUCUGAACGCUCCUGAACACACUCAGAACGCUCCAGAACACACUCUGAACGCUCCUGAACACACUCAGAACCCUCCAGAACUCACUCAGAACGCUCCAGAACACACUCUGAACGCUCCUGAACACACUCUGAACGCUCCAGAACACACUCAGAACGCUCCUGAACACACUCAGAACGCUCCAGAACACACUCUGAACGCUCCUGAACACACUCAGAACGCUCCUGAACACACUCAGAAGGCUCCUGAACACACUCAGAACGUUCCAGAACACACUCAGAACGCUCCAGAACACACUCAGAACGCACCUGAACACACUCAGAACGCUCCUGAACACACUCUGAACGCUCCUGAACACACUCAGAACGCUCCAGAACACAAUCAGAACGCUCCAGAACUCACUCAGAACGCUCCUGAACACACUCCACAGGAGAGACACCAGACGGAAGACACACACACCGAGGACACUGACGUCUGCAGCGUCAGCAAGGAUUCUCCCCCCACCAGUCUCCACCCUCUAAAUGGAGAGUUGGAGUCAUGUGGCGACCAACGUCCGUCAGAAAAAGAGGGCGGGGCUUCCUGUCCCACCUCCAUCCCGACCAAUGGACGAGGAGAGUCAGGUCGUGGAGGUGGUGAAUGA